AUGAAUCAAAAAAAAGGUAGCAUUAAUAAGAUAAAUAGACAAAUCAAUGGAAAUUUAAAAAAAAAAAAUAAUUACAAGGAAAACGGUUAUAACUAUUCAAAUAAUAAAAAGGUUUUUAAGUUUAUGAAUGAUUUAAAAUAUACUAAUUAUAACAAUAUAGAUGAUAUAAAUUCAGACAAAAAUUCAAGUAGCAGUAGAAAUGAAGAAAAUUAUAAUAUAAAUAAUAAUAAAAAUAAAAAUCAAUAUGAUAAAAAAGAAGAUGAUGCAGAAGAGGAAGAAGGAGAUGAAGACGAUGAAGAAACAAAUAGUAGUGAAUUAAGUAAUUUUUCACCAAAUAAAAAAAAUAAAGAAAACUUAGAUUACAAAAAUUAUUGUUUUUAUAAUGAUUUUGAUGAUUCAAAAAAUAGCACAAAUAAAAAAAGUAAAGUAAAUUUGAAAAAUUAUAAUUCUGAUUAUUAUGACAUUUAUUCUAAUAUAUACUCAUAUUAUGACAUAUUCACUGAAGAUAAAAAUGAAAAAAAAAAAUUUAAAUAUUUCAAUGAUGUAUUUUCUAACUUUGAUAGAAAAUAUGAAAAUAAUGAAUUUAAUUAUGAUGCUAAUAUGAAUAAAAAACUGUCUGAAAAAUAUUUAUCAUCACAAAAAAAAAGGAAUAACUUUAAUAAGAAUUACAACAAAGAAAAUAUUAAUGAAAAUAAUAUUAACUUUAUAAAUGAAAAUAUAUAUAAUGAAUAUUACACGAGUUCAAAUGAAGUAAGCUCAAAGAAAAAUGUAAAUAAAAAUUUUAUGAAUAUGGAAUAUCCAAAUAAAAGAAAAACCAAAAAAAAAAAAAAAAAAAAAAAUACUAGUGAUAUAAGUAUAAAUGAAGAGAAGUUAAAUUUUAAUGAUUUUAAAAAAAAUGAUAUGAAUAAUGUAGGAAAUUACUACACAAAUAAUUUUAGUGGUAUAAAAAAUAAUAAUUUUAGUAAAGAAAAAAAUAAAGAAUUCAAUUACAGUGAUGAUUUUUUGAAAAAAAAAAAAUCUCGAAUAUCCGAUAAUGAAAAUAGUGAAAUAAGUAGUUAUUUAUACGGAAAAUAUUCAAAAAUGAAAGAAAAUAAAAAAAUGAAAAAUGUUUUUAAAGAAAAAAGUGCUAGUAAUAUAAGUUUAGAUAGUUCUUGUUCUUUUGAGUUAGAUUUUUUUCAUGAUAAAGAAAAAACUUCAGAUAUGAAGAAAUGCAAAAAAUUUUUAAAAAAUCCUACCAGAAAAAGAAUGUAUAAAUUAAAAAAAAUAAUUGAAAUAUUGGAAUACUCAAUAUAUAAUGAAGAAAAAGAAGGUGCAAAGUUAGAGUCAAAGUUAUAUGAAUAUGUUUUAUUAACCAAAAGUUUAAAACAAAAAAUCUCUAAUUUAGAAGAAUUAAAUAACACUAAUAAAAAUAAAAUGACUUCAUACGAAAAAGAUAUUUCUAAACUUAAAGAGCAGAAUGAAGAAAUGAAGUUAACAUUAUCCACUUUUGAAAAUGAAUUGAGUAAUUUAAUUAAUAAAUUUGAUAAAAAUUUUGCAAAAGAAUUAAUAGACACAAAAUCACAAAAUGAUAUAUUAAAAAAGGAAGUAGAAAGAUUAAAAAUGGAAGUUGAAAAAAAAAAUUAUGAAAUAAAAAAAAUAGAAAAUUUAAAUGAUAUUACAAAAAAAAACAAUAAUGAAAGUUUUAUAACAAAUAAUAAUAAUGCAAACAACAUUUCAAAUGGUGAAAGUAAUGAAAAAAUAGACGGCAACUUAACAAAUAAUAAAACAAUAAAUACUAAAAGUAAUUGUCAGGAUAUAAAUGAAAAAAAUAAAGAAGUGACAAUAUAUGAAUUUCCUUAUUAUAAUGGUAAUAGUGAAAUGAUUGAUUUAAAUAUAAUAGAUGAUUUUAUUUCUAAAAUGAAAACUAUGAGAAUGACUUUUGAAAAAAAUAUAGAAAAAUAUGAUGAAGAAACAAAAUCCCUAAUAUAUGGAUGUUAUAUAUCUAAUUUUUUAUUAGAAAAUAAAGAUAUUUGCAAUCAUAAAAAAGUAUUAAAACAGUUGCAAGAAUUCUGUAUCUCAGAGUCAAAAAUUUUAAGUAUUCAUAUGUGUUUAAAAAAAGAAAGAAGUGAUUUACCAAUUAAACAAUUAGAAAAAGAAAUUAUAAAACAAUUAGAAGAUUCUGAUUUAGAUAAAAAUAAAGACAGAGCUUGUAUGAUAAAUUCUAUUAUUUUAUUAUUAAUUUUUAAAAAUAUGCAUAUUUUUAAUUUAUACAAAAUCUUUAUAACGUCAUUAAAAUAUGAUAAUUUCCGAUGGAUAAGAAUAAUUAAAAAAGCUCUUUUUCUUAAAUUUUUUGAUUUAUGUUUGAUUGAUACAAACAUGAAAAUUAAUGAAAUGCAAAAUCAGAAAGAAGCAAAGUUAAUUAAUAUUAAUGUUAAUGAUUCAAAUACCAAUGAAAAUAUAAAUUACAAUAUUAAGCACCCAUUGUUUUACUGUGCAAAUGAUACCUUGAAAAAUUUUGUAACAACUAUGUAUUUAAAUUUUUCUAAAGAUCCUAUUAAUCCCCAAAAUAAUGAUAAUAUAUAUCAUUAUGUAUUACAGCAAAGGAACUUAGAUGUAUUAAAGAUAUUAAAAUUAUCAGGAAAGAAUUACAAUUAUAUAUUUAAUAAAAAUUCAGAAAAUAAAACUCCAUUAGAUUAUAUUGAUAACGAAGAUAUAAAAAUAGAUUUAAUAUCAGGAUAUAUAUUAGAUAUAGCAGGAAAAGGAGCUGAAAAUUAUAAAAAUUCCAAGUAUGAAGUAGCAUAUGAUUUAUACACAGAGGCAUUAGAAAAACAGAUAAAAUUGUCAGAAUCAGUAAAAAUGGGAAAAUCAAUGAAUGAAAAUAUUGGAAAAUUAUAUUAUAAUAGAGCAAGAACAUUAAUGCAUUUAAAUAAAUGGAUAGAUGUAAUUGAAAAUUGCAAUAAUUGUUUAAAAUACAUACCUAAGUAUGUUAAUGCUUUUGAUACACAAAUUCAAGCUUAUGAAAACUUAUUAGAGUAUGAAAAUGCUCUUCUUACAUAUAAAAAUAUGUGUAUUAAAUGUAACAUUAAACCAGAUGAAAAAGAAGAAAAACUAAAAUCACAAAUUAAUGCUACAUGUUUUCAAAUUUUAAAUAUAAAUAAAAAUUGUAAUGUUGCAGAAAUUAAACAAGCAUUUUCCAAUUUGUCAAAAAAGUGGCAUCCAGAUAAAUUAGGAAUUAACAUUAGUGCGGAUAUAAAGAAAAGACAUAACAACCAUUUCAAAAGAUUAUUUAAAGCAAAACAGUUGUUAUUAAAUGAUAUUGAAAGGCAAAAAGAAAAGAAAAAAAAGGAAACAAAUUAUAUAUACCCACAAAUUAUUGAAGAUAUAAAAUUCUCAAACAAUAAUAAUAAAAAAAAUAAUAUGAAUGAUAAAGAAUCAAAUAAAAACAAUUACAAUAAAGAAGAAAAAAAAAAUGAUACAUAUGAAACAUCUUAUAACACAUGUCACAAAAAUAUAAACACAACAAAUUUUUCAAAGAUAAAUCAGAAUAAUAAUAAUAAUAAUAAUACUGAUAAAAACUUUUACAACAAAAAUAAUAAUAAUACAAACAUGAAUGAUUCAAAAAGUAAUAUUUAUAAUUCUUAUAAGGAUGACAUUGAUAAAUUUCAAGAAAAGCUAAAAAAUUUAAAUAAAGGAAACAAUGAUAAUGAAAAUAAUAAAUUUUUUAACCCGUUUCCUAAUAUAUUUGACAAUAAAUUUUCUAAUUUGAAUAAUGAAAAAAUUGACGAAAAUUUUUAUAAAAAGUUAAAAGAAGAAUAUGAAGGAUUAAGUGAUGAUGAAUUAAAUAAUCUUAAAACCAAAUUAUCAAAUUCUAUUAAUAACCUUAUCCAAACAGAAAUUAAUUCAAAAAGAGAAUAUCAAGAAUUAUGCAUUAAAGAAAAAACAAAUGUAAUUAUGAAUGCAAGAUUAUGUAUAUUACAGGAAAUACAAAAAGCUUUAUGUGUCCGAUUGGAUAAAGAAAGAAAAUUAAAGGUUAUUGAGAAUAUUCUUAAAAAUAGAAAUGAUGAAAGAUCAGCUAACAUAAAUAAAACCAACUCAUUUUCAAAAAAAAACGAUACAGAAGAAGUAUACGAAGAGAGUAAUAAUACUGAUAAAAAACAAAACAAUAACUAUAGUAACAUCGAUGACAGAUUUAAUAUAAAAAGGAGUACAUUUGAAAAUGAAGAAAUUGAUCAACAAAAAAAAGAAGAUAAAAAUAUUGAAGUAGAACAAGAAGAAAAAAAGAAAAGUAGAGAAGAUUAUAAGGAUGAAAAAAGUUGUGAGGAAAAAAAAGAAGAUGAAGAAUUAGAAAACAAUUGUGAGAAAAAGGGAUGUGUUGAUGAUGAUGAUAACUAUGAUAAUGAAAAUGAAGAAUACGAAGAAGAAUUUGGUGAAACAGAUGAAGCAGAACAAAAGGAUAAUAAUAGUAAUAUUCCAUAUUACCAAGAAGAAAAAGAUAGCAAUAAUGAAGAAGACAAAAAAAAAAGAAAUAAAGAAAGAGAAACAUUUGAUGAUGAGCAAAAAAAAAAAAAAGUAAUUAAUGACUACGGAAAUAGUAAAGAAAGUAAAAAAAAUAAAAAAAUAAAAGAAUUUAAGAACAAUAAUAUGGAAGAUCAAGAUAAAAUGAAUGAAUUAAAUAAAAUUAAAAUGGAUGAAUCAAGAAGUACAAAUUCUGAAAAUUUUAAGUAUAUAGAUGAAAAAAAUAUAUAUCAUGAAAAUAAAGAGAUGUAUGAAGAUUUCCAAGGUACUGAAAAAAAUAAUAAUUUUUUUACAAACAUAACGAAGCAGUUGAAUCAACCAUUUAAGUAUGUGAGCGUUCUAAUUAAAAACAAGAAAUUAAACGAGAACGAAAAAAAUAGUAAUGAAAAUUUAUCAGAAGACAAUUUUAUUUUUAUAAAUAACAAUAAUAAAAAAGAAAGUAGUAAUAGUAAUAAUAAUUUAUUUUAUAAUUUAAAUAAUGAAAAUUUUUACCAAGAAGAUAUAAAUGAAAAAGAAGGUACAAAAAAUGAAUGUAUUAUAUCAAAUAACAAAACUUUUGAAAAGGCAAUAAAUAAAAAAGGUGGAAACAAUUUUGUACAUAAUAUUAAUUAUGAUAAUAAAACAGAUAGCAGUAAUAAUAAUAAAAAGGAGGAAUCAUCUCAAUCACCUUUAAGUGAAGAAUAUAAUUAUGAAAAUUUUACAAAAAAUAUGGAAACCGAAGAUGCUGAUAAUUCAAAUAAAAUGAAUUCAAUAAAUGAAGAUUCUUUUUACAAAAAAAAAUUUAAUAUAAAUGAGAAUAUUAUUAUGUUUCCAAAUAAAAAUGAUUAUUUUCAAGAUAAUAACACUAUAAAAAAUGACAAAAAUUUUAAAAUAGGAUUCCCCAAUGAAAAUAUUAAUGAAGAUUAUUUUGAAAAUAAUUCAUUUAUAAAUUUGAACUCUAGCAAUUUACAUUUUUUUGAUAAAAAACAGCCUUUUAAAAUAAAUGAAAAAAAAUUUUAUCAGAAUGAAGAUAAAGAAGAAGAAAAUAUAAAUAAUGAGGAUAACUUAAUAAAUUUUGAUAAUUUUGUGAAAAAAGAAGAACGUUUAUCAUCAUCAAGAAUUAGUGGUAACAAUUUUGCCAAUAAGAACAUAGAUAAAAACAAUUUAUUUAAUAGAAUUAUAAGUAAUAGUUCUAGUAAUUUGAAUGAUUCUUAUUCAGAAAAAUUUACAGAAAAACAUUUAAUUUAUUCAAAUGACAAUUUUAAUAAAGAAAAAAAAAUAAAUAAAGUAAAAGAUACAAAUAUUAAAUACACAAGCGACAAUGAAGUAAUAAAUAAUGAGAAGUUUUUUAAUUUAUACAAUGAAAAGAAAAAAAUGAACACGUAUGAAUCCUCAUUUUUUAAUCAGAACUUACUAUCUCCUGAUUCCUCAAAUAAUAGAAGUAAUUUUGAAAAAAAUACUUCAAAAAAAAAAGAUGAAAAUGCCGUAUCCUUUUUAAAUUAUGAUAAUAAGUUUGAUAACUAUAAAAAUAAAGAAGCAAACAAUAUUUAUAAAGUAGAUAAUAGUAAUGAUAUUAAAGAUGAAAAAAAUUUCAACAUCAAUUUAAAUGAAAGUGAAAAUAAUUUAUAUCAAAAUGAUAAUGAUACAAUAAAUGAAAAAUUAAAUAAUAAUGUUGAUAGUUUUAUUUAUGAUGAAAACAAAUUUCUAAAUAAUACUUCAAAUUUUUAUAAUUUAAACAAAUCAUAUAAUUAUGAAACUAAAAAAUUUAGGAAUUCAAUGAUAUUUUUAAAUGAAAAUGAAAACGAAAGCGAAAAUAAAAAUAUAAAGAAAAUGUUUUCUGGUGAAUUAAAUUCAAUUUCAUUAAACAAAACAUUUGAUCAAAAAAAUAAAUUCCCAUUUAUUGAAAAUUUAGAAAAACUUAAAUAUAAGAAUAUUAAAGGAAAAGUAAAAAAAGACGAAAAUGAAGUAAUUAAAUUAAAAAAAUCAUGUCUUGAUAAAAUGAAUACAAAAAUAGAAUUAGAAAGAAAUAAAAAAAAUGAGUCAAAAGAAAAUGGUUUACUUAAAAAAAAUUCAAAAAAAAAUUAUAACGAUGACAAACAAAAAAAUGUUGACCACAGCAGAAAAAGUAAACUAAAAACAAAAGACAAGCAAUAA